AUGUUGGGAGAUGCAGCGGCAGCCCUGGAUGCCGUGGCGAUUUGCUGCGCACUCUUUUUCAUGACCUCCCCUUUGACCCAGGCUUUGAACGUCAUCGCUGCACCCACAAAGGUCCAGUUGGUCAACCCAUUGAACUUGCUGGCCUUCAUCCUGAACUGUGCAACUCAGUUAGCCUACGGUAUCUUCAUGCCAGUUGCCCCGGUCAUCCCCUGCAACGCCUAUGGUGUGGCCGUAGGGCUCUUCAGCAUCUCGACAUGUUGGUGGUUUGCACGUAAGGAUGAGAAAGCAGAGCGAUGGAACAAGUGGGCCUUUGCUGGAACACUCUUCGUCCUGGUGUUGUCCGUCUUGAUCAUGGCUUUUGCCGGACUGGCAGGUGAUGGUGCUCCAGCUAGCGUAGGAAAUCUUGGCAUGGUCGUAGGCAUCAUUAUGUAUGCCGCGCCACUCUCGGUCCUCCAAGAGGUUCUUCGAACAAAGUCUUCAAAGACUUUGCCAGUGGCGCAGAUCUUGUUGGGUUUUCUCAACAGCCUCUGCUGGUUUGCUGUAGGUAUUACCCGCCAGAAGGCACCGGUCUGGGCUCCCAACGUCUUGGGGAUGCUUCUGUCACUCUUCCAGCUGGGGUUGAUUUUCAAGUACCCUGCGAAGGAUGUGGACGCAUCAGUGCAGGAUGGCAGGCUUUCUCUCAAGGAGGAAACGCCAGGAAUGCGGCAGAGGCGUACCUGUGCCGUUAGGGCGACAGGGGCGCGGCCACAAGAAGCAAGGAGAAGAAGGCGAAACGAGGGAAUUUGUACAGCUCGGAGCCCCGUGCGUGGCACCAGGAGCCUUCCAUUUGUGAUUAUCGGGGCGGCAUGGCUGCAGGCGCAGAUUAUCCUCAAUGUUCUUCACAAGGGUAAGCUAAGCACUGCAUCGUUAGACCAGCCCGAAGUACAUCUCUACCCCCGACAAAGUCGGGUCCUUUGUUGCCAAAAAGGGGCCUCAAGAAGAAGCUUCGCGGGCAGAAUGACUGAGGGCUCUAGAAAUGGGAGACUCUUCAGGCUGAGGUCCAUGUUGGGAUUCGUCUUCUAA